UGAAAAUUAUUUUUCUCUUGCUGAACCACAAAGGCAUAGAAUCAAACUGCUUGUUUUGGACACACUGGCUUCUUCUUUUUCUUGUGGACAUUAUGGCUAAUAACACAACGAGUUUAGGGAGCCCAUGGCCAGAAAACUUUUGGGAGGACCUUAUAAUGUCCUUCACUGUCUCUGUGGCGAUUGGGCUCGCAAUCGGAGGAUUUCUCUGGGCGCUGUUCGUUUUCCUGUCUCGAAGAAGAAGAGCUAGCGCUCCCAUCUCACAGUGGAGUCCCACCAGGCGACCCAGGUCCUACAACCAGGGCCUCAACAGAACUGGAUUCUACCGCCACAGUGGCUGUGAGCGUCGAAGCAACCUCAGCCUGGCCAGUCUCACCUUCCAGAGACAAGCUUCCAUGGAGCUGGCAAAUUCCUUCCCCAGGAAAUCAAGCUUCAGGGCUUCAACUUUCCAUCCCUUCCUGCAAUGCCCACCACUUCCGGUGGAAACGGAGAGUCAGCUGAUGACCCUGCCUGCCUCCACCACCCCAUCUGCCAUCAGCACCGGCCACAAUCUGAGCCGGCCUGACUUCCGCUGGUCCAGCAACAGCUUGCGGAUGGGCCUUUCCACACCGCCGCCACCUGCCUAUGAGUCCAUCAUCAAGGCAUUUCCCGAUUCCUGAGUCUGGGCUUUCGUUGUUUUUAAUUCUUUUUUUUUUUUAAUUUUUGUCUCAUCUAGAAAGGAAAUGAUAUAUAGGGUAAACAGAAUUUUGGGGUUAUGGCACUAAGGAUUGAUUUUCCAAAUUGAUAGGCUCAUGAAAGCUGAGCAUUACCGAGUAAGGCACAGCUGCUUUUGAACAUGGUUUUCUCACUUACGUCUCACAAGAAUAUUAUUUUCUCAAAAAGUUCUAUAUUUAUGUAUUUUGAAUUCAGUGUGAGGCAUUGAAUUAAAGAUAACGAUUAAAGAUUCUAACAUACAAAUCAUGAGUA